AUGAAAUAAACUCGUAUUUUGCUUAUAGGAGAUCAAAAUGCUGGAAAGACUUCAUUAAUCAACGCACUUUGCAACGAAUCAAUCACAACCUUUCCUACUAUUUAUUAAGAAUUUAGAAAAGUUUAAAUAGACAAACUAAAAAUACUAAUAUAUGAUUGUCCAGGUAAUCCAUCAAAUGAAUAUAAUAUUCAGUAAACUGCUCCUGUUGCUGCAAUUGCCAUCAACUUAGAACAUCAAAACCCAUUAUUGUAUUUAGAAUAUCAUCAUAAUCUCGUUAAGGACAAACCUCUAAUAAUCUUUAUAGGAUGUAAAUGUGAUAAAACCCUCCAUUCAUAUAAUUCCAUCAAGCAAUAAAUUUCCAAAAUACUCAAUAUCUAAAAUGUUAUUUUACUUUUUACAAGUGCCCUAAAUUAGAAAGAAAUUGCUAAGUUUAAAGAAGACUUAUCCUAGCUGCUUUAUUUGAGUGGUUAAAUAUUCGAUGAUGAUUUAUAAUCUCAACACCGUAAUGCGUCUUAUAUAGAAGAACAAGAUUAGUAAUUUUUGAACAAAUGGUCUCAGUUUUUAAACUGCUGUUGUAUGUGUUUAAAGAAAGAAGAAUGA